CUGUCAGCUUCACCUUUUUCAACAUCCGCACUAUUUUAAAUUCGUAAUCAGCUGCACACUCACUCUCACCACCGUCCGUAGAACGAUUCGUCUCUCUCGUCUCGCUCCCACGCAUUUCUCCAAUUUUUGGCCACUGAAUUAAAUUUACUGUGUGUGGAGUAUAAAGCUUUGUGAAUGUGAAUUCUUGAACACAUUGGAGAAAAGUCUGCUGUGUGUUUCUGCAACAAUGGGUCUAGGAGUAAAAGCCAAGAGCCGUCGGGGCAGCACGGUUCAAAUUGAUUAUCACAUUCAUAUUCAGGAUAUUAAGCCUUGGCCCCCAUCACAGUCGCUCAGAUCACUUCGUACUGUGUUGAUUCAGUGGGAAAAUGGUGACCGCAAUUCGGGGACCACCAGCCCUGUUGUCCCCUCAAUUGGGUCCGUUGUUGGUGAGGGAAAAAUUGAAUUCAAUCAGUCUUUCAGGUUACCGGUGACUCUGCUAAGAGAUAUGUCAGUUAAAGGUGGUGGUGGUAGUGAUACAUUUCAAAAGAAUUUGUUAGAGUUACAUUUGUAUGAGCCUCGGAGGGACAACCCUAAAGGCCAGUUGUUGGCCACUGCCAUUAUAGAUUUAGCAGAUCAUGGUAUCGUGAAGGAGACCAUAAGCGUUACCGCUCCAAUGAACAGUAAGAGGAACUAUAGGAACACUGAUCAACCAGUUUUGUAUAUCAAGAUUCAGCCUGUUGUGAAGGGCCGCACUAGCUCCUCAUCUAGGGGUAGCUUGUCGAGAGGAGUAUCACUGGACAAUGCUGGCAGUGAAUCUGUUUCGGCCUUGAUGAAUGAGGAAUAUGUUGAGGAAGUGGAAGUUGCCUCUUUCACUGAUGAUGAUGUUUCCUCGCACUCGUCUCAAACAAUAUCUUCCACUUUAGAAACAAAUCGCACUAUGUAUCCUCGAAAACAAGAGAUGGGACAAGAGACGGGGCUUCAUAGCACUGAAGGUGAUAACGAGAAACAGGCCUUACACUCAAAACUAGGACUCGAAAAACCAAAUUUAACGGCUCAGAAUGCACUACAUGAAAAUAUGAAGGGAAGUUCAUCAUGCUCAUCAUCAAUCGACCUAUCUUCUGACCCUGGAAGCCCAGUAAAUGGUAAUGCUUCAGUAGCCAACUCUCCCAGCUCAAUUUCAAGAAUCCUAAAAACUGUUGGUGCAGAGGCUUCUCCAUCAGCAUCUUUUAAUGGAAAGGCCAGCAUGGGAAGCAAUGGCCAUGAUCACUUAGCUCACGAUGUUAAUGAUAAGGUUGUUGAUGGCAGGGGUUGCCUGGAGGCUGCAGUUAGUGAUGAUAGUUCUACUGAGGACAACGAAAGAAAGCAACAAGAAGAAAAUGGAGAUGGAAGACAAAGUUUUAAUGAGGAAAAGCAUUCUUGGGAAAGUGAAUCAUCCAUUGCGCAUGAGGCUAAUGGAAAGGAAAUUCCUAUCGGCACGAAGGAAAAUAUGAAGCAUGUUAAGUCUGUUAGGUCACCGAUUGACUCGGCUAAGAAUGCAUUAACUGGUAUUCAGGGAGAAGCACAGAAUGGUGCAGGUAUUGUAAGAAAAGAUGCUAAAGUAUAUCCUAGGGAUUCAAGAAGUGUGAUCUUAGAAAGCAAAAUCCAUCAGAUGGAAAACAGAAUUAAGUUGCUUGAGGGAGAAUUGAGAGAAGCUGCGGCUGUUGAGGCUGCCCUUUAUUCAGUAGUUGCUGAGCAUGGAAGUUCCAUGAGUAAGGUCCAUGCUCCAGCUCGGCGCCUUUCUAGGCUGUAUCUUCAUGCUUGCAAAGAAAGUUCCCGUUUUAGGAGGGCCAGUGCAGCUAAAAGUAUUGUCUCAGGACUAGUUUUGGUUGCAAAAGCGUGUGGGAAUGAUGUCCCAAGACUAACAUACUGGCUGUCAAAUUCUAUCGUGUUGAGAACAAUAGUAAGCCAGGUUGCUGGUGAAUCAAAAUUACCUAUGUUGGCAGGGCCUUCUAUUGACAGGAAUGGUGCUGGAAAAGUAAAAAAUAAUGUACCGUCUUCAAUUAAAUGGAAGGCUCCAUCUUCUGGGAAGAAAGAAGGAAUGAAGCUCUUGAAUGGAAGUUUUGGUGACUGUGAGAACCCGCAAACCUUUAUGUCUACACUGGAGAAGAUUGAAUCGUGGAUCUUUUCACGGAUAGUUGAAUCUAUCUGGUGGCAGACUUUGACUCCCCAUAUGCAGUCUGUCGCUGUGAAGGCAAAUAGUGAAGGUGCCGAUUCUGGGUCGAGGAAAAAGUAUAAAAGGACAUCUAGUUCAAUUGAUCAAGAGCGAAUUAACUUUUCAUUAGACCUUUGGAAGAAGGCUUUCAGGGAUGCUUGUGAAAGACUCUGUCCAGUACGAGCUGAGGGACAUGAGUGUGGCUGCUUGCCUUUGUUGGCGAGAUUGGUAAUGGAACAAUCUGUUGCUAGACUAGAUGUGGCAAUGUUCAAUGCUAUUCUUCGUGAAUCUUCUGAUGAGAUCCCAACUGAUCCGGUGUCCGAUCCCAUUAGUGAUUUGAAGGUUCUUCCAAUUCCAGCUGGGAAAUCAAGUUUUGGGGCUGGUGCACAACUGAAGAGUGCGAUUGGGAACUGGUCAAGAUGGCUAACUGACCUAUUUGGUAUGGACGAUGAUGACUCACUUGAAGAUGUCAAUGACGAUGAUGACAAUGACAAGAGACAAGAUAAAUCGUUCAAGUCUUUCCAUCUCCUUAACGCAUUGAGUGAUCUCAUGAUGCUCCCGAAGGACUUGCUCUUAAGUAAAUCCAUCAGAAAAGAGGUAUGCCCUGCAUUUUCUGCACCACUGAUCAAGAGGAUUCUCGACACUUUUGUCCCGGAUGAAUUUUACACCGACCCAAUUCCAGGCGUAGUGCUUCAAGCCCUGGAAUCUGAGGACGCUCUUGAGGCUGGGGAGGACACUGUCACAAACGUCCCCUACACCGGAGCUGGUACAGUCUAUUUGCCACCCUCAACAGCUUCCGUUGCGAGUAUUAUCGGAGAGGUUGGAGGCCAAUCACAGCUGAGAAGAAGUGGGUCUUCGGUGCUCAGAAAAUCAUACACCAGUGAUGAUGAGCUUGAUGAACUGAACUCACCCUUGGCCUCAAUCUUCAUCGAUUCUUCCCGGUCUUCGCCUGUUGCAACGAAGCCCAGCUGGGUAUCAAAGGGAAAUGGCAAUCAAACUGCUGUUAGAUAUGAACUCCUCCGGGAAGUUUGGACGAACAGCGAGUAGCUGUAAUAUAUAGAAAUAUGUCCACGAUUCACAAGUAUACACAGAUGAAUAAUUUGUUUCUGUUCCUCAAUGGAGUUUGUAAAUCCGUGCUCCGGUUUUGGUCACAACAUUGUAUCUUUGAUGUCGCUGUACAAAAAUAACGGAAAAACGCUGAAAUUCAAGUGGUUAAGAGUGUUA